AAAUUGAGCUAACCAGUUUGAAGCUGUCGGCUAAGAAAGCAAUUUUUUUCGAAACGUUACCAUUUUUAAAUCGUGAAUAUGGCUUCAGUGAAAAACGAAAAAAUUGGUAUUGUUGGCAGUGGUUUAAUUGGACGCAGUUGGGCGAUGCUUUUCGCGAGUGCAGGAUAUCAAGUAGUAAUUUACGAUAUUGUUAAAGAACAAAUAGCAAGUGCUUUGGAGGAUAUUAAAAAACAAUUGAUACGUCUCGAAAACGAUGGGCUUCUCCGAGGAUCUUUAUCAGCACAGCAACAAUUCAAUCUCAUAAAAGGAACAUCCGCUCUAACUGAAAUGGCAAACGGCGCAAAACUGAUUCAAGAAUGCGUUCCGGAAAGUUUGGACCUUAAGAAAAAAGUUUACUCUGAACUAGAUAAGGUUGUUGAUGACAAUGUUAUUUUAUCUUCGUCGACUUCCACCUUCAAACCUUCGCUUCUCAGCGAAAAUUUAAAGCAUCGAGAGCAAAUCAUUGUUUCACAUCCAAUUCAGAGCCGAGGUUCUCAAUGUCAGUGUCAAGGUCAGCGGGCCGACGCACUGCAGUCGAUUGUGGCGGCACCAGAAUCAGCAACGCCUGGAGCCAACGACGACGGCGAGACACACUCGACCAGUCAGCGACUCGAUACAGAAUCCCGAGCAUUGUUAUCGCAAUAUUCAGUCCAAAAUUCCAUCCCUAUUGUCCUCUUCUUUUUCAAAAAGUUUCAGCAGAAAAGAAGCAUUUACCUGCGACAGAUCCAUUUUUUAAAUCCUAGUCUCAUCAUCAUCCAGGGAAGACUUUUUAUGAAAAGAGUAUCAAGAUUUUAA